CGUGGAUCGGACUGACUAGCACCGGCCCGCACGAGCGUGUCUAUUUCCUCUCUCAGUAGUGGGUGCACACGCGUUUCAAUAGUUUUGACAAAGGAUUGCUUUUCUUUUGGAGGCGACAUCUGUUGUUUUCCAUCAGCGCGCUUGAUGCGGAUUAAAUCACUCCACAAACAUCAAUCUCGUCUCAGAGCGGAUCAGCACCUUGGACAGCGGAUGCCAGAGGCGCUCAAAGCCAGCAGAGCAGAAAGAGAGCUGUGACCACCCAUUUUGUCUUGACGACUGCCAAUAGUCCUGUGUAUCCUCAGCUCUGAUGCAGGAAUAAGAGACCACAGCAAAGAUCAGCACAGUAUCCAGCCUUGCUGUUUAUAUGGGUCAGCUGACACAGACAAGCAGACCUAUGUCAGUUAGGUCAGGAAGUCGACUUAAUCUGGCUCACCAGUGGAUACACAUACAGAUAUAUCACAGUCACACUGAAUCAAAGAGAUAUUGACACACGAUACUAGUGUGGAGGACAUGUGAAGCUCGAAAUGUGGUAAAGAGUGGCCAUUGGACUGUGUUGAACUUUGCUGAACAAGCUCUUCAGUCACCAGCAUCAGUGGACAACAGUUUGCACACCAUGAACUAACUUUCUAUUUUUUGACGGAUACGAUUUGUUCGUUUUUUUUUUCUUUUUCUUCAAUAAACAGACAGCACCAUGGUUCUGCCGUCACCUGACAAGCGUCAUGUGUGUUUAACCACCAUUGUGAUCAUGACCAGCAUGGCCUUCAUGGAUGCCUACCUUGUGGAGCAGAAUCAGGGCCCGCGGAAAAUUGGGGUCUGCAUCAUCGUCUUGGUUGGAGAUAUUUGCUUUCUUAUAGUCCUACGUUACGUGGCGGUGUGGGUUGGUGCUGAGGUGAGGACUGCGAAACGUGGCUAUGCCAUGAUCCUCUGGUUCCUCUACAUCUUUGUUCUGGAGAUCAAGCUCUACUUUGUCUUCCAGAACUAUAAGGCUGAUCGUAAAAGUCUGGAGACAGUAGCUCGGAAGGCGUUGACUUUGUUGCUCUCGGUUUGUGUACCCGGUCUCUACCUUGUCCUGGUUGCGCUUGACAGCAUGGAGUACGUAAGAACCUUCCGGAAGAAGGAGGACAUGCGGGGUCGACUCUUUUGGGUCGCGCUUGACCUUCUGGAUGUCCUGGACAUCCAGGCUAACCUUUGGGAGCCACAAAGGACAGGUCUGCCCAUCUGGGCCGAGGGUCUGAUGUUUUUCUACUGCUACAUCCUGUUGCUUAUCCUGCCUUGUGUUUCUCUGAGCGAGAUCAGUGUGCAGGGCGAGCAUGUGUCACCUCAGAAGAUGAUGCUCUACCCGAUCCUCAGCUUGGUGACCAUCAACAUUGUCACCAUCCUCAUUCGAGGUGUCAACAUGGUGCUGUUCCAAGACAGCAGAGUCUCGACCAUCUUCAUCGGAAAGAACGUUGUUGCCAUUGCCACUAAAGCCUGCACCUUCCUGGAGUACCGGCGACAAGUUAAAGAGUUCCCCCCACAAGAUCCAGCUGGGAUAGCCAUGGAGAUACAGCAGAACUCUGUGCCACACAAUCAAACUCUACCAAACGCCACGACCACCCUCCCAGAAGAGCCCUCACCGGCCCGUGAGGUCAUUGACACGUGACCAGGUCUGACAAAAACAUCAAGACAUUAGAGUUAAGAGGGAAAGAAUAAACCUUAGUGAGUUCAGACCGGGACACGUUGAAGUAUCCUUCUUCUGCUCAUCUAGGCUGAGUGUUCAAAGGCCAUUGAUGCUCAGAUGCACAAAAGGUGGUUCACAAAAUCUUGAUUUGAACCGGAUUUUGUAUUUUCAAGCAGCUGUUUUGUGAUGUUAGAUAGGGAGUGUUUUUUACAGACAUUUGUGUCAUGGUGACUCACCUAGCUCUCCACGUGAAAUCUCCACAGAUUUCUACAGAUUGCACAUCAUUUUCAAAGUUCAAAGUUGCUUUGCCCGUUGUUUUAUGAACUAUUAACUAUAAUUUAUGAACUAAUUUGGCUAGUUUGAAUAUGCUUUCAGCUACAAAUGAGAGCCCAGCACCACAUUUUUAAAUGCAUUUCAUACAAUUCUGAAGAUUUUCCCCCAAAGAUCAGUGCAUAAAAUGUGAGGAAAUCCCAUCAAGGCUUGCUAAAAAAAGCGAAAAAUGAGAAACAAAGCAUACCAAUAUCAAUAGUUAAAUCCACUUCUCCUACCAUAAUCUGUAAAGAGAUCUGAAGCAAGAGCUGAACAUCAACUGAAAUUCAAAUUAAUGUUUUGAAGCUUUAUGUUAUUUGAAGAGGAAAAUGAGUUCUGUGUGUGUGUGUGUGUGUGUGUGUGUGUGUGUGUGUUAAGAUGUGAGUUUUAAAGUGAAACAUCUCUCACAGGAUUAUUUUCCUGGAGAUUAAAAUGGGAACCAGAAACCUUUAAUUUGCCAAAAUUAAUUUCCAGUCUUUAUGAGUUUUGUAAGUGGGUAUAGAGAGAAUGGAAGAAAGAAUGAAAGAGUUCAUUAAAAAAGCUGAUUAUAUUGGAUGGUAAUACAUGAAUUAAUAUGCAAUUCAGUCGUUUUUAAGGAGAUAAUUGUAUUAUUAUUAUUAGUAUUAUUAUUAGUAUCUCUUUUUUCUUUUAGCUGUGACAUUUUAAAUGUUGCAAAAUGUAAUAAAACCUCCAUAAUCCUCAAACUGUGGUGUGUUGGAUAUUAACAACCUAAAUAUGUAUUUUAAAGCAACAAAUGCAGAUCCAGCAAACACUGAACUAAACAAAGGUAAUCAAAGUCAUUUAACAUACACUCCCACACCAGACAACACUUGUGGCAGAACUGCGGAGAAACGGCAGGACUGGGUGAUGAGCUUUGAGACGCAGUUCCACUUGGUGAGAAUGGGGUGCAGAAAGCAAUUUGGCUACUGUUGAUUGGCUCUGGAUGCCAUGUAGGCCAGCUGUAGGGAGUGAUAAAUUACAGUUCCUGUGAUCCUCAGCCCUCUCAUCCAUCUCACCGUUAUAGAGUUUCUAUAGG